AUGGGUGAAGUGUGCAUCCUGUUAAUCGUGUUAGCGCUAAUACGAUUCAGCCAUGCAACGGCAACUACGACUCCUAAGGAGUCCCCCGAUUCCAUACUGGAUCGUCUUGCAGCGAUUGAGAAUAGAAUCUCGCUGAGGGACGAGGAGCUGGGUAAGAUGCUCCAGUUGCUGAUCACCAACCAGGAAGAGAUGCUGAGACUGCUCCGACAGCAGGAACCGUGCUGUAGGUCCUUUGCAGCAACCGACGGAAAUCAGCAGCUCAGUGGUUGGUUGAGGUUGACCGGUUAUGCUCCUACGCCGGGAGAUCCAAACUCGGAGGGAUUCAAGAAAGCUGGCGCAGGCACGGUUGCCGACGCCCCCGCUGCCUAUCGAGCUGGUCGCACCGUCGACGCGUACCCGCGCAGCUGCCGUGAGAUCUCGGAAGGGAUGUCCGGCGAGGAGACCAUCUAUCCGAAUGCCGGGAAGGCUGGACCUGGGGAGCCGCUCGAGGUGUACUGCGAUCAGGACUUCGAGGGCGGCGGAUGGAUAGUGAUCCAGAACCGGUUCGAUGGCUUCGUCAACUUCAACCGCAGCUGGGAGAAGUACCGGGACGGGUUCGGUGACAUCGGCACCGAGUACUGGCUCGGGCUGAGCGAGAUCCACCGGCUUACGGUGGCCGUCCCGACGGAGAUUGCGUUCGUGGCUGAGUCGUUCCGGGGCGAGCGGCGCUGGGCGCGCUACAGUCUGUUCGAGAUUGCCGACGAAGCGGACCGCUACCGGCUGAAGAAGUUGGGCGUAUACUCCGGUACGCUCGGCGACGACUUUACCUACAACGAGGGCAUGGAGUUCACAACGUACGACCAGGAUCACGACCAGUUCAACGACGUUAACUGCGCGAUCCGGACAAUGUCCGGCUGGUGGCACCGUAGCUGUACCCGCAUCAACUUCAACGGCCUGUACGGCAACGCGCUGGGCAUCCGGUACGCCUUCUGGCACGACUGGCUCCAUCUGCAGGGGCUCAAGCGCACACGCAUCAUGAUCCGAGAGACAAAGAGGCGCCACAAGUAA